UUUUAGAUAGGUUAGUUGUCAUUAGUGUCAAAUAACGAAUCUGCAUAAUUUAAGCAUAAAAUGCCUCACGACCAUAAUUAUAAAAGAAAAUAUUCAAAGCAACCUCAAGUGAAGCCUGAAACGUUAGAUGAAGUGGAGCAAACACCCACAAUGCAGUUAUUUCGCCAAUACGCUUCAGAAUUGGACGAUAAACACGAUAGAUAUGAAAGAAUUGUGAAAAUGAGCAGAGAUAUUACAAUAGAAAGCAAAAGAAUAAUAUUUUUAUUGCAUAAUGUCGGCGUUGAUCUGGAUUCUAAACGAGAACAAAUACAUAAAGAAGCCGAAACAAGAUUAAAUCAAUUAUUGUCUAAAUUUAAAGCUAUUGCUUUAGAAUUGGAGGGACAUGAACAUUAUUUGUAUUUGAGAGCUUAUGCUGCUGGGUUGGAGGAAUAUUUAGAAGCGUUAUAUUUCUACGAAUAUCAAACAACUAAUAAACUUCCUUUUAUAGAAGACAUAACAUCUAGAUUCCAUUUUUCGAUUGAAUCAGAAAAUGAAAGAAAAGAAUUAACUCUUUUAACUCCUAUAGUUGAAAUGUUACUUGGUAUUGGUGAUUUUACGGGGGAAAUGAUGAGAAAAUGUAUUAAUAACCUUGGGAGUGGAAAUUUGGAAAAUUGUUUUAAUUUAUGUUCAUUUGUGAGACAAAUUUAUGUGGGAUUUAUGGGUUUGAAUUGGAUUGGGCACAGUUUUAUAUCUAGGAAGUAUCAUACGCUGCGGGAGAGCUUGUAUAAAAUGGAAUUGGUUUGUUACAACAUUAAAGUGAGGGGUAGUGAAGUUCCUAAACAUAUGUUGGAUGUCGGUUUAGCAUCAUAUCCUAACUUAGAUGAUGAUGAAGGAUAUUAUUAAAAUUAUUAUUAAGAUUAAUUUUGUUUCUUCACAAAAUAUAUCUUCUUUUAAUUUAACAAUAAUUGAAUCAGCGAGUAGAAGAAGGGUCCAUGUGCAGAUUAAUAAAUUUUACAGGAGAUAGAAAAAACUAUUUAUAUCAAAAAGCAAUGUUAUCGUCUACAAAGAAGUUGGUCAUAUCGUUCCAUAGAAAUGUUCUAUGGAGAAAAAAAAUCAAAAUUUGUUUUAUAAAAUGUCUUUCUUUUCAAAAAUCUUUCAUACACUUGGACUCUUUUUCCACUCGUUUCAGUUCUCAUCUUUUUUAUUAUUAUUUUUGAUGUCUCACGGAUAAAUUGUUUAUUUUGUUCCACAGAAAUGUUUUGUAGUGAAACAAAAUCUACAUUUUUAUUGUUUUGUAAAAAUAAAUACCAUACAUUUAAUAAAAAAACUUUAUUCUGUA